CGUGUGUAUCGUUUUCUACAAGCUUCUUCAACCAACUCGCAUUACAUCAUGUCUGGCCGUGGCAAAGGAGGCAAAUCAAAGGGAAAGUCAAAGACACGUUCAAAUCGUGCUGGACUUCAAUUCCCAGUUGGACGUAUCCAUCGUCUAUUGCGUAAGGGCAAUUACGCUGAACGUGUUGGUGCUGGUGCACCUGUCUACUUGGCAGCUGUCAUGGAAUACUUGGCUGCUGAAGUUCUCGAGUUGGCAGGUAAUGCCGCCCGUGACAACAAGAAGACAAGAAUCAUUCCACGUCAUCUUCAAUUGGCAAUACGUAAUGACGAAGAGUUGAAUAAACUUCUCUCCGGUGUUACAAUUGCACAAGGUGGUGUCUUGCCAAACAUUCAAGCUGUUCUUUUGCCAAAAAAGACUGAAAAAAGCAGUGCUUAAAUUCAACAACGACUUCAACAAAAAAAAAAACCAAUCGGCCCUUUUCAGGGCCAUCAAAUAUUUCCAACUAUGAUACAUUCUUAUAAAAUUUUACUACAACAAAAAAUCAUUUUUUAAUACAUAGCCACCUAAACUAACACCAACGAUCAAUAGACAUACACGAUUUUUCAAUAGACAUAUUUUCUUAUGCUAUUUUUCUAUCUCUUUUGUUUGUUAAAAUUGUAAUAAUAAUAAAAUGUGUUUAUUCAAUAAAUUUUAUUAUCUCAAGAUCUUGGAGCAUAUGCGCAACUCCAAAUUAUUGAUUUUUAACAUUCAACAGCUGUUUAU